AUGCUGAUCCUGACCUCCGGCUUCGACCCGACCAAUUUUCUCGACGAUCCAGGAGGUCUUUUCGGCUUCCGCCAGGCGAGCCACCUCCCCCAGCUCUUCCUUCGCGAGAUUCACAGAAAACCUGAAAAGCUACUGCAAGACGAAGCCAAAAACCUCAACGUCGUUGACAGCUGCCUUGAGUAUAAUCCGAAUCGCAGCCCACGGCAACCCCACGGAAACUGGCUCGCAACUGGCUACGAUUGA